AUGGCCGAGCUGCUGCGGAGCCUGCAGGAUUCGCAGCUCGUCGCCCGCUUCCAGCGCCGCUGCGGGCUCUUCCCGGCGCCGGAUGAAGGCGCCUCCGAGAACGGCGCGGGCCCCGCGGAGGACGCGGCGCGGGCGCCCGGGCUCGGGCAUCCCUCUUCUGCCCGCGGCAAGGGCGGCGGGGGGCUGGCCAACGGGCUGCGGAGAGUCUCGGCCCCGCAGGCUUCACAGAAGUACAUUGUGAAGAAUUAUUUCUACUAUUACCUCUUCAGGUUCUCAGCUGCUUUGGGUCAAGAAGUAUUCUACAUCACCUUUCUUCCAUUCACGCACUGGAAUAUUGAUCCUUAUUUAUCCAGAAGACUGGUCAUCAUAUGGGUUUUGGUGAUGUAUGUUGGCCAGAUAGCCAAGGAUAUCCUGAAGUGGCCCCGCCCCUUCUCUCCUCCUGUCGUGAAACUAGAGGAGAGAAUGAUUGCCGAGUAUGGAAUGCCAUCCACCCACGCCAUGGCAGCCACCGCCAUUUCCUUCACCCUCCUCAUCUCUACGAUGGACAGAUACCAGUAUCCCUUUGUCUUGGGGUUGCUGAUGGCUGUGGUGUUUUCCACCUUGGUGUGUCUCAGCAGAAUCUACACCGGGAUGCACACGGUCCUGGAUGUGCUGGGUGGCAUCCUGGUCACCGCGGUCCUCAUUGUCCUCACCUACCCAGCCUGGACCCUUAUUGAUCGCCUGGACUCGGCCAGCCCCCUCUUCCCCGUGUGUGCCAUCGUGGUGCCGUUCAUCCUGUGUUACAACUACCCCGCAUCCGACUACUACAGCCCAACCAGAGCGGACACCACCACCAUUAUGGCCGCAGGGGCGGGGGUGACCAUAGGGUUCUGGAUCAAUCACUUCUUCCAGCUCGUGUCCGCACCCACUGAGUCUCUCCCUGUUCUUCAGAACAUCCCGCCGCUCACCACCGACAUGUUGGUUUUGGGUCUGACCAAAUUCACUGUGGGGAUCGUGUUGAUCCUCCUGGUGCGCCAACUUGUACAAAAUCUCUCACUGCAAGUGUUAUACUCGUGGUUCAAGGUGGUCACCAGGAACAAGGAAGCCAGGCGGAGACUAGAGAUCGAAGUGCCUUACAAGUUCGUCACCUACACGUCAGUCGGCAUCUGUGCUACGACCUUUGUGCCGAUGCUGCACAGGUUUUUGGGAUUGCUCUGAGCCUCAAGUAGUUGGAAGGCAGCCCACUGGAUAGGAGGAUCAAAACAGGAAAGUGGUUAGGUGGGCAAGUUUGGACAAUACAUUUUUCUUUAAAAAAAAAAAAAAUCCUAAAUCACAUGUCUGUCUUGCUGAUGUCAGAGAUAAAUGUUGCUGCUGUGUGAAGGGAAAUACAGCCUCCUGGAGACCGUCAGUGUACAAGCAUCACGCCGCACGUCAAGCCAGGCUAAGCCCAGGUCAGUUCUUUAAGGGUCCCUCACCCCAGGGACCUUGGACCUAGUCAUGGGAUGGCAGGAAUCAUGGCCUGGCUUGGGAGAUCCAAAAGAGACAGGCAUGAUCUGAGAGGCUGGAGGCCAGGCGUCUCCAGUUAUGACCUUGCCCAUCACUGAGUCUCAGGUGCAAACUUGGUUGGUGCAGAGAAGGGGUGUCACUGUGUAAGACUGCAUUGCUUGGACAGGGUGGCUUUGUUUUUUUAUGAUCGCACUAGGCUGCACCUGCCUGGGUGGCGAGAGCGCUGUGGACCCCCCUGUAGAGCGAUAAGAGGCGGGGGCAACCCUGGGAGAUGGUGGUCAAACGCCUGUGUUCCCCAGAGUCCCGUUGUCUGUGGGUGUGCGUGUUGAAACAGCAUCUGCCCCUCCUUGUGAAUGCGUUUUGCAGAAUUCCAGGCAGCGUGUCUACACUCUUCUGAUCCAGGAAGCCCGCUAGCUGCUCCCACCUCACUUCAUCUGGGCUUCUCAGAGUGUCCUGCUCUCUCCUGCUUCACAGGGACUUGGGACCAGCCCUCAGCCCAUCUUUAGGUGUUUUUUGUUUUGUUUUGUUUUUUGUUUUUUUUGCUUCCUUACAGACUGGGGAGGCCCUGUCUGCUGCCUGUGUAAGUGGAUCAAUAGAACAGAUGAACUGGAUCCCUCCCGGGGCCUGACGAGGUGGGGGGAAUAGGCCUCCGGGACAUCACUCCACCAUUUCUCAGUUACCUUCCGUAAACCUAUUUUCUCACCUACUAAAUAGAAUAAGGGGCUCCCCCUUCCAUCUUCCCACCUCUUAUCUCUUGGCAAUUUUUAAGGGUAAUUAAUGCAAGAAUAGUGUUGGCCUCUCUUGGGAAAACAGGCUGACCGAACGCAACACACCCUUUAAGCCUGUGCAUAUCUUCCUCAGACUGAGGCGAGCGAUCUUGUGCAAACGCCAGCAGCUUCCUUCUGAGGGCUCCUCUUCGGUUCCAAAGGACAAGGAACAAGCAUCCACAGUUUUCUGAAAAGUUCACGUAGAUGUGUAGUUAAGGAAGUAUCCUUUGUGGUAUGGUGCCCAACCCCCUUGGAAUCCCAACACGCCAUCUCCCUACGCACUCCUCGGGGGACAGUUAGCCUGCCUGGAAAGGUAGGCUCUUCCCUUGACCCCCAGUGUGAAAACUGAAAACCCCAUUUGUCCUGACUGCAAAUAUGUCCCCUGGCCAUUCUGCAGGGAUGAGCUUUGCUAUUUGGCUUUGUGCUCCUGUCUAUUUAGAAGACCAGUUUUUAGGAAAACCUUUCGCUUCUCCUUCAAAUUCUUAUGACAUCUCCAUAGUUCGAAGGCAGGGAUCAAAAUGACCUGCCACUGGAUUGUUCUUACAGUGAACUCUGACCAGUAUUUGUGGCACCAUGAUGGGGGGCCAUGGGAAGGGGGAGGGGCCCAACUUACGGGCACCCCGUCCUCUGCCAGCCCCACCAGCGCAGUAGAAGAGGCAUGUCCCUGCAGCCUGGAUAAUUAUUUAUGUAAAAUGAUUUUAGUUGAUUUUUCUGAAGCUGAUCAGCAAAAGGAUCAGGUCUUUCCAGUUGUAUCUUUUGAAAGGAGAGGCCAUAAUUAUUGUCAAAGCAGUGGGUGUUGGCAAUUCACGCAAGCACUUAUGUAACAUUUUUAACGCUGUUCCUUUUAAGUCCCAACAAUAGGACCCCAAUCAGCUGUAUUAGUGUAUUUAAGGCUGUAUUUACACAAUUGGGUUGAGGAUGAGCACAUUAGCCAUAGCACAUUAAGUAAUGACCCAAGGGCUUGUCACGGUUGGUCACUUUUUGAAGUAUCUUGUUUUGCAACUGGAGAAUAAGAAGUAUACAUGUAUUGGUGAAGAUGAUUUUGGUUUUUGAGCUCUACUGUUCUGUGGCCUGGAUUCGGGCAGAAACGGAUCAGGAAAGUCACUAUCUGCUUCCUACUCUCGCUUGCCGGCCUUCGUCACUCGUUUCACACACCCUCCCAGACACGCUCUCUCACACACCCCACGCGUGCCCCUUCAAAGAGUAGACCCUAUGGCUCCUUGGGGACAUUUGGAUUUUCUCUCUGGGGAAAGACUGCCCCCUGCUGGUGUAGCCUCGGCUGUGGCCCGGAGCGCCUCUCCUUCAGGCGACGUGGAGAUUAUGAAUUUAAGAGUCAAGCUCCCCGUGAUGAAUCCAAUAUAGGCUUAGGACCGGUGGUCUGGCCAGCCCUGCAUUUGGAAACCGUGACACCAAAGCCCGCAGGUCUACUGGCACCUCUGGGACCCAAGCAGAACAUGUCGUCUUCCUAACUGUCCUCAGCCUGUCCCCAACCCACUACCACUCCAGGCCAGGACCUCCAACCUGUACCAUCAUUCUAAACAGCUCUCACUCCGUACUGAUUUUGCUCAGACCCGCCCAGGAACAAUAUGCAGAAGGAAACACAGAAGGGACCUUGAACUCAAAACCCUUGAAUGACUGUGGCUGAAAUCACUCUACAACAUGCCCUGAUGGUAGCACUGUAACAUGGAAUCUUCUAGUCCAAGUAGGCAACUUUGUGCUUCCCGAGUGUAAUCGAAGCAUGUGGUGUUUCGGGGCCAUAUGCUCCGGGUUUCUAUUUUGGAAGGUUUCAGAUGGCUUGCUUAUGUACUGUAUGUAAAUUUAUUCUUUUAAAAAUAAAAUGAUUUUUCGUUUGA